AUGAAAGCCAAACUGCUUGAGGUGUAUUGGCAUGAAAAACAGCCCAUCUAUGCACUAUGCAGUGAUUCUGUGUUCAGAUUUGCCUCUGCAGGUGCUGACAACUCUAUCAGAGUCUGGACGUUCUCAGAUUCAUAUCAAAUUGUUCAUCUCAGUUCGCUGCACAAACACACAAAGGCAGUAAACUCGAUAUCUUUUCACCCAAAAGGUUUCCCACUUGUGUUUGCUAAUUUGUAG